AUGAACGAGAUUUCGGGCGUCGCACAAUCUCGCGCCGACAACACAAACUUGGCUCUCACCUCCAUCUCUCUCGCCAUGGCCAAGGGCGGCGGAAAGUCCUCUGCAUCCUCCGGUACUCGCAAGAAACACGCUACAAAGGCUGCCAAGGCGACUGGUGUCGCGAUCGCGCCACAGAAACAACAGAAACAGCGUGGCGAGAAGGGAAAGAAGGGCAAGGGCAAGGCGAUAGAACCUGUCAAGAAGGCAUAUGUGCCGCCAGUCAAGCCCACGGCAGCUCGGCCAGACCCGCUCGAUGCUCUUGGACUGGCGGCACAGCUGUCGCCCGAAUUGGUCGUCGUGUUGCGCCGAUUAGGGAAGAAGGAUGUCUUGACCAAGACGAAGGCGCUGGACGAUCUACAGGCUGGUUGGCUGGACUAUACACACGCAUCGGAAAUGGCACUUGCUGUACCAGUCUGGCUUCAUCACCUCCCAUCACUGCUACUACUUCCCAGUCGACGAGUGAGCUUGCUCGCAGCCGACAUCCACGCACGCUUGCUUCGUCUACCAGAAGUGCAGGAGCAGAUAUACUUCCAUCUGAAGGAGGUCGCCAGUGCAGAUCAAUCCGAAGCCGUUCUUGGCUCAUGGGCUCUCGCCGCACACGACCAGGACAAGCAUGUGGCGAUGGCAGCAAAGCGGUCAUUUACUUCACACGUCGGCGUCGCAUCGAGCGAAGCCAAACUCAUCUUCGACGACGCAGCGCUCUCGUUCAUUCAGAGAGCUAUUUUCGAUCCGCUGGGCCUCUAUGCAUACAUCAACCCUGUCAUAGUACCGGUCGAUACCACGCCUGUGCGCACCGUGCGCGGACGGCCUGUACCCGCGCCACCCCCUCCACCGAAGAAGAGUGAUUCAGAGGCGCGGCUCGCCACGGAUGAGGAAAGUGAAGACGAUAGGAAGGCUCGUUUGCGCGUGGCCGCUAUUGGGACGCUUCAGUGGUUCUUAGAUGCGCGUGCGAAAACGGAACAGGAGAGAAGGUUUGACGACAUUUCCGAGAUCUUGUCUAACCCAACCUUGUGGACGGGGCUGUAUCAUACAAGUCCUGCGCCAUAUGCGAGUGAUACUGAGGGCGUUGGCGCUGGUCAACCACUCGUAAGGGCAGCAACGUGGCAUCUACUGCAGGCGUUGCUUCAGAACUGGAAAGAGCAGAUGAAGACCCUGCUUCCUCUACUGAGCGUCGCAGUCUUGCGCUCAGCCUUCGUUGAGCCUGACGUGCAGGUGCGCUCCGCCAUGUGGCGUCCAUGGUUGACAUUUCUGAAAGAGUUCCCUGCCGCCUGGGAGUUAGAAGCGGUGGACAGGCAUGAGCAUGACCGUGACCAUGAAAGUGAUCACGAAGAGGAGCAAAGUGAUGAGGAGGACGAGAAUAGCGAAGAGCCUCGCCCAAUAACGCAUGGCUCACCCUCAGCAACCACAGCGCCGAAAGCUUUCUCCGACUUCCUGCAGUUUCUCGAACUUGGUUGUGCAGGCGCUCCGGUGCAGGGGUAUCCGACGAUACUAAUCAUACUUACAACUAUCCCUACUUCGAUCCUCGCUGCCCCGGACCCAGUAGCACCUUAUCCCGCCCAUGCUCUUUUCGCGUCUUUCUGGGGUGCCCUUGCGGGCCGCGCCCUCGGAAUGCUAGACCGUGCAGCAGCUAAUGCGGCGUUUCUCUCCGCUUUACUCGAAUGCGCGGCGUUUGUGACCCGUCGUUUGCGCAAUGCCGGAACCGACACCGCGUCCACAACGCUACUGCAGGACCAGUACGGUUCAGCGUGGGACGCGCUCAUCGAGGGGCGGCUCAAACUUCAAGAUGAUGCAGCCGGAGAUAUCUUCGCGAGGGGCCUAGCUUCACUCGCUCUGGCUGACGAGAGCCUAUUCAAUGUCGCAUGGGAUGUGAUUGCGCCUCGCUUGACGGCACAAACGGAGCCGAACGGUGUGGCGAAGGCGCUCGCGCUUCUGGGAGCGUCGCGUGCGACAUUCGCUUCGGACACACAUGCCCGCCGAGCCGCGGACGGGCUACUUCAUUCUGUCGCAUCCGCCGCCCUAUCACGCGCACGCGAAGCACUCGCCUCCGAGGACCCAGCGAAUGUUCGAGCAGGGGUGUCUGCACUCUCUUCAUUGCUCGCCAUCAGCGCCGACGCAGGCCUUGUGGAUGAGCUGCACGCUGUGGUAGAGUCCAGCCUUCCCGCCCUCGCAGGCUCCGCGCCAUCGCUGGUUACAUCUUACUUGACGCGCCGGCCGACUCCCGCAUUAUGGCACGAUCUACUUGCAACUAUUGCCGCGCGACCAGCCCUGAUAUAUACCGCAUUGCCGGCGCUUACUGAAGCUGCCGAGGCGGGUCGGAUCAGCGAGGAGAUGAAGCCCAAGGAGGGCGACCACGCACUGGACAGUGCCAUCUCUGGGUUGUUUGAGGAUGCGGUCGAGGGGAAGGACGAGCGAGCGAGUUCACUGCUUCUGCGUGUUGUACGAAGCGCGCAGUUUUUCCUGAGUGUGGGAUCACUCGAGACGUUGUUGCAGUUGGUUGUUGCAGGCGUGGGCGAGCAAUCCGGUCUACUCUUCGAUUCCCACAGCGAGGGUGACUCGUUCAGCAGGCUCGUAGUACUGCUCGACGUCUUAGCAGCUACGCCAGCAGAAGAGGCUUCACGACAUGCCGAGCUUGCCGCGGCUAUCUUCGUAGUCGCACAUCUGACGGGAGCCUGCUUUGAUGUGGAUGACCCUAAUGUUGCGCGCUCCGUGAACGUCGCAAAGAAGCUACAAGGUUUAUGGGCGGCGACUGGGAACGAGCAAAGCGUCGAAGCUGUCAAAACAAGGUUGCGGGACCUCAUCAGCAAUGUCGGCGCGCGGCCCACUCCCUCUGAUAUUCUGGCAUCGUUGAACAGCGCUCGGAUCGAGGCGAUUGAUGUUCUCCCACCGCAGGAGUACCUCGAUUCCCUUUCAGCCUCGCUGUCUUUGGACCCCAUUCAAGCAUCUUUAGGCGUUCUGCUCCCGCUCAUCCCUCCUCCUGGCAUUGUCGAACCGUUUGAAGGGCCAGUCCCUUGUACAGAUGCCGCCGGGCUCGGGCCAUAUGCGCGCGCGGUGAGCGCUUGGGGUAUCGCCACCAUGUCCGACCGCAGCACGGCUCGAUCCCAGUUAUGGGUCCUUCGACAUCUAAUCCUGCUAGGCGUCCUCGCUGAAGAAGCUACCCUCCUUCCCGACGCUCCAAAUCCGGCGUUCGGACCCAAUAUGGAAGAGAGCACGCUACUGGACCUGAUGAUUCGCGCCCAGCAGCUGUGUUCGUACUUGCUUACAGUACCCUCCGAAGACGGCUGGCACGCGUCCGUAGUCGGCGAUACGGCACGCGAUACUGUCGGUGCAUUCGUGAAACAGGUGUUAGGAGCCGCGAAGGAGAGAGACGGAUAUCGUUAUGCCCGUGUGCUACUCGACGUACUCGCAUACAUCUCAUCGGACAUAACUUCCGCCGACGCAGAUCUCUGGAUCGGUCUCGCACGCAAGCUCGAGAAGUCCUCGCCGAACACCGCGUUGGCGAUCGUACAUGCUAUUGCGCGCACAGGUAUAGAGCCGCCUCGCCUUGACCGGUAUCGGAACGAACUGGCGGCAGGUAUGCUCGGCGUGCCUGCGUCGAAAGCCAACAUGGACGGCGUACUCCUUCUGCGACGCUUGGCUGCAAGUGCGCCUGCGCCGGAUAGCGAGGUCGCUUUCCUCCCUCAAGCUCGCGCGGUCAACUUUGCACGAGCCGCACAAACGUGGCUAGCUAGCGACGAGGACCUGGAUGACGAUGUUCAGACUGCGCUCACCGCGGUGUUCGUGCACCUGGUGCCGAUCCUACAAGGUGUCUCGGGCAGUCACUGGGAGCUCUUCUUCGAUGUUGCAGAGGAUAAUCUGCAGAAUGCAUCGUUCAGCGACGAGGAAACCCUGGUGCCUCUUAAGUACACUCUCAACUUGAUCGAGACCGUACAGGAGUAUGCGACGACGAACAAGGCACUUCGAGAGCUGUGGAACGCGAGGAAGGGCGCGAUGCUCGGCUUGAUCAAGGAUCUUAUCGUCUCGGAGACCCAUACUGGUUCUCGCUCAGAACCGCGCGCCCUGAGUCGGCAAACGGCCCUCUCGCUCAUUUCGGACUUAUCGGCGAGUGCUUUGGGGCCGACUGCGCUGGCCAAAAUGUCCCAUCUACUGGCGGACCCGUCACCCGCCGUGCAGGCACAGUCAUACCCUCUCCUGCGUCGGGCUGCGCACGCACUUACGGAGCACCUCGUCGUCGAGGCCGGCGUCGACCUUGAAGCGAAUGUGGCCUGCGAAGUCCCGGAUCAACUUCUCGCUAUACUGGAUGUACCUGAUCUUGAGGAUGCAUCCGUGUUCAGCCAUCUGCUUGGAUGGAUGGUGCUCUUCGACAUGUUCACGGACGCGAGCCAGAAAGUCAAAUCGGGUUAUGUCGCGCACCUGCUUCGACAUGAGAUGGUCCGAACGCAGCUCAUACCGCUCCUGUACUCUCUACUCAGUCUCGGCGGAUCUGGCGCACGACCGUUUAAACUCGGCUUAUGGGCUGUCGAGGAAUUCAUCGUUGAAGAUGCGGACACGGCCGAUGCACUCAGCAUGCGCCUUCUCGCAGCCCACGUGUACUACCGCUCUCUACUCGCCAUCCCGAGCCUCAUUCGAGAAUGCGUAACUGGAGGCGCUGACAUCGGGGCGCAAGCGAUCAUCACAAACUAUACGGCGACGUACUUCUCGCCUGUCAUCAUCGCUGCCGAGCUCGCACUGUUGAAGAGCCCGCAGGCGGCGGCUGAACUUGUGGCGGAGAAUUUGAGCGUGAAGGUUGCGCCCGCAGUGCGGGAAGUGAUCGCGGUGUACACGGUGGAUGAGCAGCCGCUUGAGCUCGUACUCCGCCUCCCGGCCGACUGGCCGCUGACGCGCAUCGAAGUUCGGGACACAGUCAAACGCAUUGGCGUACCGGAUGCCAAGUGGCGUGGAUGGAUGCUUGGCGUGCAGCAGAUUGUAUGGAGUCAAAACGGGCAUUUGCUCGACGCGGUCGUCCUAUUCAAGAAGAACGUGACGUUGCACUUCGAGGGCCAGGUUGAGUGUGCAAUCUGCUACUCAAUCAUCAGUAUGUCGGAGGGUAGCCUUCCGAAGAAGCCGUGCAGGACGUGCAAGAACCGGUUCCAUUCGUCUUGCUUGUACAAGUGGUUUGAGUCCAGUCACUCGUCCAGCUGCCCAUUGUGCCGCUCGGACAUUAUGUAA